UUAAGCAGCGGACGGACAGCUAACGGACAGCGAACGGACAUCGUCAUGAAACUCCAGCAGCUACCAGGACUCGUGUUAGUGCUGAAUCUGCUCUGUAGAGGACUGCUGGCCGCCGUGCACGAUGAGCUGCCACAGUGCGGUCUUCAUGGCAUCUACAGGCAGCGACAGAGUGUGAUUGAAUCGCCCAACUAUCCGGACAACUAUCCAGUGAACACUUGCUGGGACUAUGUGAUACGCUCGCCGUAUCGCUGCCCCACCAAGUUUCACAUUCAAUUUCUUGACUUUAAGCUGGAAUUGUCGGAGAAGUGCAGUCGGGAUUAUUUGGCCAUUCCUGGAGAACGAUGGCGAGGACAUGGAUGUGCUCUGCGGUCAGGUGUUGGGCAUCAAGAAGUAUCAACACCCGACGGUGUGCUGCGUUUGCGCUUCCUCAGCGACGAUUCCCCCUGGACCACGGGCGGAGGCUUUCGUUUGUUGGUCACGCGUUUGGCUUGCGAGCGGGAGGACCUGGUUGCGAGGGGUCUGGAGGAGGACAGCGAGGACCAAGUGGUUGUGGAUGAUGUUGACACGGUGCAAGUGAGUGCCAAGUUGCCCUCGAAGAAGCAGCAUCUUCAUCAUCAUCAUUUGCUGCAGCCACAGCAGCCACAGCAGCCACAACAGCCGCAGCAGGAGCCGUUGAACUUUACUCAGUUGAGUCCUUGGGGAUUGAACGUGGGCUGGCCGCCUUUUUAUACGCAAGGAGCAGCACCUGGCGGGUUUUAUGUGCCACCUGUAGGCGUGUCACCGCCACACCAGCCACCGCCGCCUUGUUUGCCACAGCAGCAGCAGCAGCAGCAGCAGCAAUUGUUGCUGCAACAGCAGCAACUUUUACAGCAGCAACAGUACCUGCAGCAGCAGCAGCUUCUACAGCAGAAUCCAUUGCAGCAGCAGCGACAGUUACAGCAGCAAUUUCUGCAACAGAAUCCCCUCCAGCAGCAACAAUUCUCGCAACAGCAGCAACAAUUCCCGCAACAGCAGCAACAAUUCCCGCAACAGCAGCAACAAUUCCCGCAACAGCAGCAACAAUUCUCGCAACAGCAGCAACAAUUCCCGCAACAUCAGCAACAAUUCCCGCAACAGCAGCAACAAUUCCCGCAACAGCAGCAACAAUUGCCUCUCAUCUCUGAUCAAUAUCAAACGAGCGCCUUUCAACCUCCCAAAGUGACCCUCAAGGACUAUGACUCCUCGAGCGUGCAGCAGUUUGGCGGUUCGUUGGAUCUCUGCUGUUCCAGCAGCUUCAAUCAGAAUCAUUUCUAUCUGUCCAGUCCUGGCUUUCCGAGGACUGUGCUGAACGCGCUGCUGCCCAACCAACAGCGGGAUUGCGUGUUCCACAUUGAGAAGAGUUCCCCGAACGUCUGUCGGCUGAGAAUCCAAUUCAAAUUCUUUGAUUUUGGACAGAAUGCAGGAGGCAUAGGCAGCGGAUUGGCUGGAGGCAUUGGCGGUGGAGUGGCAGGCGGCGGCUUCGGAGCUGGCAGCUUGGGUGCAGGCUUCGGUGGCGGCUUGUCUGGCCAACAAUCCUGCACUGGCGACUUCCUCGAGCUGGACGGUCAACGCUAUUGCGGCUGUCGUUCCGGCUAUGUCCACAAAUCCCACUGGGCCCAGGGCCGCAAGGCUUUGCGCAUGCGCAUGGGCCAGUCGGGCAGCAGCACCUCCAAUGGCUUUCUGCUGGAGAUCUAUCAGGAUCAGGACUCUGAUGGCUGUCGCCAGGAUCAGGGCGCUGGCUUUGGGCUGGGUUUCCAGCAGCAGCUGCAGCAGCAGCAACCGCAGGCGGGACUGGGCUUGGGUCUAGGGCUGGGCAUCUGGCCGCAAGGUGGCUACCUGCAAGGCCCCUCUCCAGUGGGUUAUCCAACGCUGCAGCAGCCACUGCAUCCGCAGAUGUGGCCACUGCAGGGGGGCUACCUGAAUGGAGGUGGAUAUCCACUGCCUUAUCGUCAAACGAGACGCGUGUCCUGGGCGCGUGGCUUGGAUGAACAUCAGCCAUCGAGGGUCGUGGAAACGAACUCCACGCGGAAGGAAUUUUACUAUUUUGAUGGCGAUGAAGCCUUUGCACGUUCCGCACUGGAUGACGAAGCGGAGGAUAAACUUUCUGUGACAGCGCAGCCACAGGCACAGGCUCAGACACAGCCUCCAUCGCUGAUGACAAAGGCCUUCGAGCAGAGCAGCUGCACCUUCGACUACAUGGAGGUCCUGAAGCUCUCCGUGGACACGCUCUGGCUGACGAAGCCUUUGUGCUUUUCCCCGCUGCGUAGUUGGUUCCCCAACAUCUUUGGUUGAAUAAUUAUUUCAUCAAGUGGAUGACGCGGCUCCGAUACCCGUAAUCUGCGAUCCUAGCGCUCUCUUUCUAUCUCUCUCUCUUUGUAUCUUUGUAUAUCCGCAUGGCAAUUGUGUUGACGUCAUACCAAAAUGCAUGAAAUAUAUGACAGAAAAAA